AUGCCUGCGAUGCACCCCAACCACAGAGAAGUCCUCGAGGAUAUGAUCCACACACGCCACUCCAAGCUGACGCUUGGACGCAUCGAGGAGGCUCUGCAUUACGGUCUCGGUGCCGAGGUGGUUCGCCGGGACAACACGAUCAUCGUUCGAUUCCGCGCGGGUAGGUGCCGUGUGCUCGCCGCGAACGACAACGUCGAAUCUUUUCAUGCGCCUCACGACGGCAGAGGGAACAUCUUCAACGUGAUCUACGGCGUCGUCGAGCCGGAAGAUAUCAAGUUCAAGGACUUCGAGAAGGCGAUGAACAGCCUGGGCGCGCGCAAGAGCACCGGCGGAGGCUCUGUUCGAUCAUUUACGGCAGCCUGUUGGAAAGGCACCGUGCACGUACACCAGCCACACCCGUAUGACCACUACACGAAGAAGAACGCCAGGAGGCUCAAGGUUCAGUUGGAGUCCAGUGGAUUGACCCACCGGGUCAUUCGCCGUGAGGCCCGCAAGGCCGGCAUCUUCAUCCCGAAGCUGCCGUCCCAGUAG